AUGGAUCGAAUCCGCAAUCUCAUAGCACGUCCAGUGGCGUAUGAGAGACUUGAGGACUCCAACGCGGAGGAUGCCGAUGAGACGGGAUAUGCUUCACAACCCCAACAGACGCCUUUCUCGAGACUACAAUAUGGCAUAUUCUUCCUCCUGGGAAUCUCAAUGCUGUGGGCGUGGAACAUGUUCCUCGCCGCAGCACCAUAUUUCUUCACUCGAUUUCAAUCGGACGAAUGGACAAGACUCCACUACCAACCCUCUAUUUUAUCCGUCUCGACCGUAACGAACCUCGGCACGGCCUACACAUUGGCAAAGCUGCAGAAGAACGCAUCCUACCCAUGGCGUAUAACCUGCUCACUCUUGAUAAACUGUGCAGUAUUUACAGUUCUGGCAUUUUCUGCCGUUGUGAUGACAGACUCGUCACCGAAGUCCUACUUCGCGUUCCUGAUGGUCAUGGUCUUCGGCGCAAGUCUGGCAACGGGCAUCAACCAAAAUGGUGUCUUUGCUUACGUCUCUGGUUUUGGUAGGGACGAGUAUACACAGGCAAUUAUGGGUGGCCAAGGCCUUGCGGGUGUGCUACCUUGCGUUGUGCAGAUUUUCUCUGUGCUCGUCUGGCCACCGAAGGAUCACACUGGUCGUGAGGAAGGUGGACCGAAGAUGCCGCAAACGACCCUUUCGAGAUCAGCAUUCAUCUACUUUAUCACUUCUACAGGUGUAUCUGUGAUUGCACUUCUGGCCUUCCUCUAUCUUCUCAGACAGCAGCCUUCCUCAAGACAGAAGCUGAGAGACGACGACGAGCCUGCUGAGGAGCGCUCGCAUUCCAAAACAGUCAGUUUGUGGACUUUGUUCACCAAACUACGGUUCUUGGCGUUCGCGGUAUUUGUCUGCUUCCUCGUCUCCAUGGUGUUCCCCGUUUACACCUCGGAAAUACAGUCCGUCAAUGACCCGGCCAGUUCGCGGAUCUAUGACCCCACUGUCUUUAUUCCGUUGGCAUUUUUAGUAUGGAAUCUGGGUGACUUGGUCGGGCGAAUGGGUGUCGCAAUCCCGGGAAUGUCGAUGGGACAAUAUCCCCAGAUGGCUGCCAUUGUUGCAAUUGCUCGAGUGAUGUUCAUUCCCAUGUACCAACUCUGCAACAUCAAUGGCCAAGGUGCUGUUGUCAAGAGCGAUUUCUUUUAUUUUGUUGUGCAGUUCCUUUUCGGUGCCACUAAUGGGUACCUUGGAACAAGCUGCAUGAUGGGUGCCGGCCACUGGGUUGUUGCCGAUGAACGGCCAGCUGCCGGUGGAUUCAUGAGUAUGGUCCUCGUUGGUGGUUUGGCAGCUGGUAGUCUGUUGAGUUUCUCUGUUACCGAGUCAAAGACUCCAGCUCAUCUCAAUUCCUCUACUCAGCUGGUCGGAUACUCCGUUGGAUGGACAACAUGGACACUCUUCCUCCACCCGUUGAGCGGCUACCCGGGACCCAAAUUGGCCGCCAUCACCCCUCUGGUACACAUUCUCUGGGACAUUCAGGGCAAGCAGCACUCGAUGAUCACCGCUCUUCAUGAUAAAUAUGGAGACGUCGUUCGAAUUGCCCCAAAUGCCCUCGCCUACCGCGCUGCCUCUGGGUGGAAAGACAUAUAUGGUCAUCGAAAGAGAGGCCAGAAGUUGUUUCUCAAAGACCCUGCCUUGUACACUCCAACUCCCAAUGGGGUGAAUGCUAUCAUAACAGCCCAAGAUGAGGUCCACUCCCGAAUGCGCCGUUUGCUUACCCACGCUUUCUCCAACAAAGCGCUCAUGGAGCAGGAGGGAAUACUACACACGUAUGCGGACAUGCUGAUUGGGAAGCUGGAAGGUAUAAUGGGAAAUACCAUGAGCCAGCGCAUCAACAUCACGAACUGGUUCAACUUCACUACCUUUGACCUCAUCGGCGAUCUCGCCUUCGGUGAGCCCUUCGGCUGUCUUUCCAACAGUGAGUAUCACUGGUGGGUCCUCAUCAUCUUGGACGCGGUCAAGGCCAGCGCUUACCUCAAAAUCUUUUGGUUUUACCCUUUCCUUCUCCCGUUGGUCAAGCUCCUGGUUCCCAAGGACCUGAUUGAGAAGCGCGAGAAGUCAUUCCAAUUGAGCGUUGAGAAGGUCCGUCGUCGUCUCGCCAGUGGUACCAGUCGCCCAGACUUCACUUCCUACAUUCUCAAGCAUACAAAGGAUGGUCUGGCUAUGACACCCGAGGAGAUGGACGCCAACUCGGCUGUCUUUGUUCUGGCAGGCAGUGAGACCACCGCUGCUUUGCUUUCCGGUGCAGUCUACCUUCUCACUCGUCAUCGUGAUAAGUAUGACCGUUUUGUCAAGGAGAUCCGUGGUACUUUCAAAGAGUACUCUGCCAUCAAAAUUGCUGCACUUCUUGAGCUGCCGUACCUCAAUGCCGUUUUGCUUGAGAGCAUGCGUGUCUACCCACCGAUUCCCUCCAUGCUACCUCGGGUCGUGCCUGAGGGUGGAGCGAUGAUUAAUGAGAGAUACGUUCCUGCUAAGACCUCCGUCUCAAUGUCUUUGUAUUCGACGUUCCACUCGGCCGCCCACUUCAAAUACCCCAAUGAGUUCAUUCCAGAGCGCUGGCUUCUUGAAGGAGCCGAGUUCAAGGAUGACAACCGCGCUGCUUUCCAGCCUUAUUCUUGGGGUCCUCAGAACUGCCUUGGCCAACAUCUCGCCAAUGCCGAGAUGCGGCUCAUCCUCACCAAACUCUUCUGGAACUUCGACAUCGAGCUUCCCGUCGAGUCUCUCCCAUGGAUCCAGCAGAAAUCCUUCUCCCUCUGGAAGCGACCAGCACUGAUGGUCAACCUUUCUCGGGCCAGAAGGUAA